UUCUUUGAUUUGAUUUUUUCCCUCUUUGCGUGUGAUAUCAGUAUCGUCUUGAGUCUUGAGCGAUGGCUAUGGAGUGGUGGUCCGCGAUCAUAGCCGCUUUGGCCCUUGCAAAGUCGAUAGCUCUCAACUUGGUGAUUGCGAGGGUGGUGGGAUUUGUGUUCAGUUUGUGCCGCCUUCAUGUUUUUGUGAGGAGGAGAUUGGCAAAGCAGGGAAUUCUCGGCCCCAAGCCUUCAUGGCUCGCGGGAAAUGCAGUCGAGAUGAAGAGAUUGGUGGCCUCUGCGACGUCGGCUGAUAUGAAGAGCACCAGUAACGAUAUUUCUGCUCGGCUGCUACCUUUCCACCACAAACAUGCACAGACUUACGGGAAGAGAUUUCUAGCCUGGUCUGUGGGAUGGGAACCUUUCGUGAGCAUCUCAGAGCCAGAGCUGAUUCACGAGAUUUUAAAUUCGACCGAUUUCGAGAAAAGUGGAAUUCAAAACAGGUUUAUGAUGCCUCUGUUUGGCAGAGGACUUGCCAUGGCCACUGGAAAGGCUUGGGACCAUCAAAGGCGGCUUCUCAAUCCUGCUUUCUACGUCGAGAGAAUCAAGGGGUUCCUUCCAACGAUAAACUUUUGUGCGAGUGGCCUGGUGCAAGAGUGGAAAGGAUUGAUUCGCAGCAGCAGCUCGAACGUUGUGGAGGUCGACGUCCAUUCCGUGCUCACGUUGGUCACAGCGGACAUCAUUGCUAGGACGUCUUUUGGGCACGAGUUUACCCACAAAGAAGAAUACGUUCGCUUGGAAAGAGAGCUCGAGGUGUGCGUUUUGAAUCAACCGGCGUUUUGCUUGAUACCCGGCUACAGAUAUCUUCCUACUAAACAGAACAGGAAGCUGUGGGAAAUCACGCGAAAAAUUCGAAGCUACCUCUAUGAACUGAUUGACGCUCGGCUUGCCACCGGCAAAGAUCACUUUGGUGACGACAUCUUGGGCUUGCUACUGGCUGCUACGUUCUCGUCCUCGCCAUCCUCGACAAAGAAAGUACCUCCGAUGAGCAAGGACGUCCUGAUCGACGACUGCAAAACGUUGUUCUUCGCUGGAUACGAGUCAUCUGCUGAUCUCGUUACUUGGUCGAUGAUGCUCCUGGCUCUAAACCCGGAGUGGCAGGCGAGAGCCCGCAGUGAAGUCCUGCAGGUUCUUGACGGAUGCGAGGUCCUCACUUCCGAAAUGCUUCCAAAGCUCAAACUCAUUGGCAACAUUCUCUCGGAAACUCUACGCUUGUAUCCAGCCGCCGUGGCUAUCCGACGUAAAGCUGUCAAGGAUGUGGUGUUCACCAAGGGAAAGCUCGUCAUCCCCAAAGGAGUUUGUGCGGAAGUCCCCAUCUUGCGCGUCCAUCACGAUCCAGAACUCUGGGGAGACGAUGUGCUCGACUUUAAUCCGGACAGGUUCUCGAAGAGUGAGGCAGUGGCAGCUGGGAGCUAUUUGCCAUUUGGCUGGGGGCCGAGGAUUUGCAUUGGGCGAAACUUUGUUCUUGCGGAAGCCAAGGUGGUGUUGUCUACGCUGCUCGACAACUUUGAGUGGGAGAUUUCACCUAACUAUCGCCAUUCUCCUCGAGCUGGAGUGACGCUCUAUCCCCAGCAUGGCAUGCAAUUACUACUGCGGCAACUUCCUCAGAACUGAUUUGCUGGUCCGAUCCAAAGAAAAACUAACAACACUUCAAUGAUUUAUGAUUGUUUUGACAGAUUGUAUGUAUGGGUGGUGGUGCAUGUCAUAAUAGUUCAUAAAACACGCAGUCACAUAAAAUCAAGAGCAUCAAAGAAUUAGAACACCAAAUCAGAGCAUUCUAAUUUAAGAAUUCAACAAAGUAGCGUAA